AUGAUGUCUUUUACAACACCAACACGUCCAUUAGAGUCAAGUGCAAAACGUCUUCUUAAACGAGUAAAUGUGUGUACUGAACGUAGUUUUGAACGAACACCUAUUCGAUACGCAAUUUCGAAACGAAAAACAAUAGAAAUUCUAUCGUCUACUAUGUCAUCCGGUAUUACUCUAUUAAGUAACGAUGAUCAAACACUUGUUGGUGAUCAUACUAUUAGUAAUGAUUCAUUAUUAUCUCUGGAUAGAACACUUACAGAAGACAACCAUGAAAAGAAUAAAUUCAAUGAAACAACUAUUACAACGACUUGGGAAAUAAUUGAUAGUAUCGAUAAUAAUUCUGAUUUUAGUAUUAUUACACUCAAUCAAUCUGACGUAUCACAAGCCACUGUUAUAAGCAAACGAUCAACAAAAACAUCAAUUCGUCCAUCCUCACUGUUAGCACGUGUUUUGAAACUAUCAAUGCCAAAGCCAUCGACAAGUGUUAAAUAUAUCAAUCGACAUGUACGUGAUAUCGAUCGAUUGAAUGAUACAUUUGGUCAAGAAUGGAUUACAUUACCGAAUUUUGUCUAA